UUGUACAAACCAGUGACCAUUCAAAUGACCAACGAGUGUCGCGCAACGAUGGUGAAACUACGUGUGUCUCCUGUUUUAAUAUUGCUCGCAGUUUUCAGUGUCAACCUGGUGGAGCCGUUGGUGAAAGAGAGCUUGUCCAAAUUUAUAGGAUCUUUAACGGGCGUGACACAAGUGAGGAUUCCGGAAUUGUUGAACCAACUGUGCAACGAGUCCCAAGGAUCGGAUACGGUACGUCGAGAUGCGUGUUACGGAUGUUUCUUCAGGGCCUCUAGUCAAACCGUUGGCUAUCCUUUGUUGGUGGCUUUGUCUAAUUGCGCCGAUGUUUAUCUCAACAAUACCGAUUACGGCCACUGUCAGCAGUACCUAAGAAACGCCACCAGCAUGACAAAUUCAAGAACGAAUCCUACGAGAAUAUACUGCACGUUCCUCGAAUGUGUUCGACAAGUGAACAAGGACAAUUUACUCAGGGAAUGCGUCGGCGAGGCUGUACGAACGUUCCCGAAUUUCAACACCACGGACGUCAAACUGGCCCAAUUGUACGUGAAUACCACGGCGUGCGUGCUAGCGAAAACCCGUUGCUCCCAAAUGAACCCGAUAACCGGGGAAUUUCAAGAAGACGAUCUCGCUAAUAAGCUGCACAUACCUACGGUCAAUGCGGUGCUGGUCAACACCGAUUACGACAUCAAUAUCGUGCAGCUACCGUUUCACUCCAGCUCCAUCGACGUGUGCGCGAAAUACAGGAACUACGAGCAGGCCAACUGGCCGAGCGUCGUCUGCUGAUCGAAGAAAAGGGAUUUCAGCUGAUUUUAUAAUUGUCGUUAACAGUAAUCAAAUGAAAUAUUAUAAUGAAUUCGUAAUCAAAUGGAUUUUAGCACGAGCUCUGUAAACGUUGAGACUCUAUGAAAUAAACUGACGUAGAAGUGAAAGAACCAUUCUUUCAAAUGGUUGGUAAUUUAAUUUGAAGGCAGGCUGUUAAGGGGAUAUUAUUCUGGUAAUUUUGCUGAAAAAAAAACCAAUUUUUUCUUUUAUAUUUUCUCAAAGUAUAUGCUUUCGGAAAUGUCUAUGUACAAGGAUUUGUUUAAAUUCGUAAAAUUAGCAAAUUU